UCGACUUUAAAAUAGCGGUGUAUUUUAAUCAGGAUUCCACGAAGUUCGUGUAAAGGUGUCAACAAAUAGCGCUUACCUAAAUAUGCAAAUAACCUCAACAUCGCAGGCUUGUUGCUACGGGUAUCCAUGGAAUAUUUAUUCAAGGAACCAGAUUGUCCUUUCAUUGUUUUCCUUGAAUAAGAAUUAAAUGUGCAUAUGCAUGAAGGAACGAGCCAAGUUUGAAGUUUUCUCGCGAUCUCUUCCGAUUUAACUCUCGUGUAGGUCAAAGGAAAAUAAUGACUCUGCAAAACGCUCUCAGGGUACGAGACAAAAAUAUCAAAAAUCAUUCGAACAAGGCCGGUUCGGCCCACGCUUGUGUCGAACACCGGAACAGCUAAAUAAACUGCCGCAACAGGUUAUCUAAAAUAAUCGUUUUAUUAGCGUCCUUUCACAGUAUUUAGGGAAUCGAACGGCAUUGAAGUGAAACAGUUUCUAUCCUCGAUGGACAAGAAACUGGAGUCCGGCGUAUUUGGGAACCAAUUACAUAGACUGGUCUAAUCUAGGCUUACAUGUAAUAUAAUUCUGUUUUUAUUGCAGAUUUAUGUAAUACCUUUAUUCUUUCAAGACAAAGGUGACAGGACUUGAAAUCACCUGAGUAAACUUUAAUUUAGAAACUAAAGGGAAGGUGACGAACUUCAGAGUUGUUGCAAGCUCUCAACGCCACGUACGGUGUAGGUCAACCUAUGUAACUCGAGAACAGGAUUUUUAAGAGUCAGAACACGAUGUGUUGUUUCUGAACUUUGUCCGUCGUCAGGUGGAAAUCGCGUCACAAGUUGACUUGCUAUGACAGGAAAACCUUAAAAUGGGGCAUCAGGCACUUCCUAAAUACUUGGACGCUUUAAGUCUCUGUUAUUGAAGAGAACAGCGAUGUUUACAUAAACAGUUGGAGUGGUUCUUCUGGACGUUUCCUCUGAUCUGCAUUGGUGUGCCCGCCGCUAGACUUGAAGUCGGUUUUAUCAGUACUAAUUCUUGUAGAAUCAAAACAAACGUUCAUCUUAAGUAGAUCUGUCUAAGAUGGCUUUUUGCAACCUUCAACUGAGAAGAUCAUUGAUGAUACUAGUGUCGUUAUCGCUGCUGAGCUCUGCAACGGACCAGCGGCACAAACAACCUGAUAGCGACUCUUCGCAGGGCAGCCAUGAUGUUUUUAAUAGGACAGUGGUUUUAAACAGCGCUAGCGAACGGUACUUAGCGAUGAUAUUUCACGAUUUCUCGGAUAAUACCACGGGAAAAAUCUCCGCUGCUCGAUUUAAAGAUUUGCUACGGGAUUUGAGUCUUGGAGAGAAGGUUCCAAAGACGAAACCAUCGUCAUUACAGGAACAAGAAUCUUCCGACAGUCAUCACCGAAAUUCAAGGAGUUACGAUGAACAAGAGGGUGCAUUUGGUGAAUUUGCUCGUGGAAUUUCAGGACAGCGGAGCAGACAAAAGCGCAGAAGCACGAAACAGUCCAAACGAGAGACGAAAUCACAACUUAAUUCCCAUGGCAGUCCCGCUAGGUCUCGAGACAGGAAGCGACGAAACAUGGAAGAUCUUGACGAGCGCAAUUUGUGCUUGGAAGAGCACGAGUUGAUGAACAUUCAUGGUGUGAAUGAGACACAGGGCAUAAACGAGGACGAUUUCGUGCGGAUCUGUCCAUCUUUAAUCCGUCAGCUUCAGAAGGGCUCUUGCGUUGAAGAAAAACCUGGAAGCAGUAAAGUGGGUGAAGAUUCCAGCAAAAUGUUACAUAUCUGGGGUUAUGGUAUCCUGUCAAUCACUGUCAUUAGUCUGACGUCACUCCUAGCCAUAGCAAUCAUUCCUCUGAUGGGUCACUCGAUAUACAAGAAGAUCAUGUCAUUUCUGGUAGCGUUAGCUGUCGGCACCUUGGCCGGAGACGCCUUGCUUCAUCUUAUUCCACAUGCUUUUAGUUCCGGUCACAGCGAUGGCGAAGGGCAUAAAAUGAACAUCUACAAGUCAUGUGUCAUCAUGGCCGGAAUCUACGUGUUUUUCAUGGUAGAGUGCACAAUGAAGGCGCGCAUGGCAGGAAGGAAACGCUCACAAGAAGACUUGCACAUGUGCGACGAAGUUACAUCUCCUGAUAAAAUGAGUCUCAGAGAAAAAAAUAAAUGGGCUGCAAAAUAUCAAGAAAUGAUUGGCUCACGGCUUGCUGGAAUUCAGCGAUAUAUCAGCUACGACGGUGCACACUUCCCCAAGGUCAACGGUCACUUCUCUAAAGGCUGUAAGCCUACGUCAUGUGAACUCGUCCUGGUGGAGUCUGGGAAAGAGGAGCGCGCCAGCACCAGGUCCGAGAGCUCUCAAGAAAAAGAGCCCUUGUGGGAACCUAGUUGCCAUGGUGACCAUUGCUAUCAACGAGAUUGUUUGGGCGAACGUAGCAAGCACAGUUUCAGCGACACGGAACUUGUGGCUGUUCUACAGGGCAAGUCUUGCAUCCACCCCAACAUCUACACCAACAACACCUUUUCUGUCAGUGGCAGUGACAGCGAUAACCAAACACACCAGAACGUCAAUCAAAUUCGCCGUCACGGCGGUGACGUCCAGUACUCAUACCCAGUCCCCAAUGAGACGACAACCAUCACCACGGAGACAACAUUAACAAGCGACAACUUGGAUGGCAGCCGCAAGGACGAACAUGACCACAACCAGCACCAUCGCCACCACCAUCACCACCACAGCCAUAAGAUUGACAAGGCCACGUCCAUUGCCACUGUAGCAUGGAUGGUGAUUGUGGGUGAUGGUUUUCAUAACUUCAGUGACGGUCUGGUAGUGGGGACGGCGUUUUCGGCCUCACUGACCAGCGGUCUCACUACAGCUAUAGCGGUGUUCUGUCACGAACUGCCACAUGAAUUAGGUGAUUUUGCUAUUUUGCUGAAGUCAGGCCUGACCUUCAGACAGGCCCUCGCCUAUAACCUUGCGUCGGCCAUUAUUUCCUACCUUGGCCUUGUGUUAGGCAUCAUUAUCGGUGACAUACAGUCGGCUCAUACCUGGGUCUUGGCACUCACCGCUGGCAUGUUCCUCUAUAUAUCCCUGGUUGACAUGCUUCCAGAACUUAGCAACUACAUAAAUGAAGGAGGCGGCUGGUCCGUUGUUUUAUCUCAAAAUAUGGGAAUAUUAACAGGAGUGUCUAUUAUGUUUGUUAUAGCUUUAUAUGAGACUUAACUUAUUUGAAUCUUGGUAAUUCAUUGAGGAAUUUUAAUCUAGUAACAACUGAAACUAAGGAAUAAUUUAAGUCUUGAUAGCUUAUUGUUAUUUAUUUUACUAAUGGCGUAAACUAGAGCAGUUAAAUUAAUUCGCUAGCCGAGUGUGAUUUUAUUGCAAAUCUUAGCUCAAAUUACAUUGCUGAAAGGCGAUUUUUGAGAAAACGUGAAGACAAGUAAAAGCUUACAGACCGGUUUUCAUUUGAGUUUCGAAAGUGAUCAGGCAGUUACUUUGGUUUUGGUUUACUACGGUUUGAAAUUGACUGAGUUGUCUUAUUUGUUUGUAAUUGGUUUGGUUUUGGUUUCACGACACUCAGUUGAAAACCGCUCUCUAUAAGUGGCCGUAGAUUAAGUAAAACGACUCGAUUAUGGGAAAAUAUGGGUAUAUUUUUUGAUAAAUCCCGUUUUGUAUGUAAAUCAUUUUGGUGAGGUAUUUUCAGAUGAAAUUUUUUCAAUUGUGAAAAGUAAUGGAUAGCGACUUCUAUUGUCAAAUGGUUUUUCUCAACAAGAUUCAUGUGAAUUUUUACAACUUUAGGGUAAAUCUUCCUCAUUGUUUUAUCCCUUUGAUUGCAAAUCCGUGAUCCUUUACAUCAUCGUAUGAUGAUCUAACACGUUUUGUGUUUUGUUUCUUUUUACCACCUCUACGAGGAUUUCAUCUAGCGCAUCAUAUUAAUUUUUCUGUGUCACAGAGUCCCAUUUUGGGAAUCGUGAAUUUGAGUUGACUUCAAUGAUAUUCUUUAGAAUGAGGUAUGAAAGAACCAUAUUGGAACACUAGAGCCCAGGAUCUGUGCACGCUAGAUCCGUUGGGUGUUCGGAUCUGUUCAGAUCUGUUCUACAUCCUGUUUUCUCUGGGUGCUUAAAGCAAGAGAUUUGGCACAGUGCAAUGCCAUACAGGACUUUAGGACUAUAUUUGGGUGUAAAAGUAUCGCGCCAUGUUACGGGCCUUCGGUCACGCUAGUGUCACGUCAUGUUAAAAGAGGGGGAGGGAGUGGGUUAGGUUUCGCUGUUUCACGCCGUGUUCAAAGAACUGCGUCACGCUCUUUUCUGUGGUUCGUUACGUAUUACGUUCUUAACAGGUCUUGCUUUCAAAAACUUAGCUUAAGGUAAAUUUCAGUCGGCUUUUAAAGCGUGCCUCACGAGUUUUUUUGACCCAUCUGUCGUACUGAGGUGAAUCGUCACGCAAGCUGUACCUCGACGUUAGAAAAUAGUGUGAUUAGUCACGCCAAUUACACACAACAGUAACACCACAGAUAUUGUGACGCAGGCAAAUCACCUUUGAAUUGACGUUUUUACAUGAUAAGUCAUCAGAAUAGCCCACGUUCGAUAUAUCAGAAUUCUAAC